ACACACACACACACACACACACACUGUUCCUGCCGAGCCGUUGAACGCUGGGAGAAAGUCUUUUUCUUUUAGCGUUGGCGCACCAUCGUCGGUUAAAACAAAGCCUGGAUUGAGUUCAACAGAAGAGGAGUCUUUACAUGCGCACGACUUCAUUCAAGUUGAUUGAGAAACUUUUACAGUUAAAGAAAAGUGAAGAAAAAAUACACAAUGAUUUUUCUCUUGCUGAACAGCUUAAUUCUUGUUGGCUAACCCCUGUAGCUCAGUGCUUUAUAGUCUUACAGGGAGUUGAUGGGCUGGAGAAAUCGUCAUCGCUGGCCAGCUGCGACGUGGUGGUGGACAACGCCGCCGGUACCCAGAAUGCCCCAGCGACGCGGCAGCAACGGGGCAAGCUGUCGUCACUCGGGAAACUGUUCAAACCCUGGAAGUGGAGGAAGAAGAAGACCAGCGACAAGUUCCAGGAUCUCUCCAAAGUCCUGGAGAGAAAAAUCUCCACCAGACAAACGAGGGAGGAGCUCAUCAAAAAAGGAGUUCUCAUCCUCGACCAAGAUGAAACGAUCGGCAGCGAAAAUCUGAACGGCCACGCCACAUCCAGUGUGACAUCAGAGGAGGUUAAAGUUGACGUAGAGUCUCCAGAAACGGCGCUGGACCACAAGGCCUCCGGGCCCGACGGCGCUGAGGACAAAGCGGAAAGGUGCGAUACUAAACCCGUCGCCCGGGCAAAGCAGGCGCAGCCCCGAGACGUUCAAGCUAAAAAACAGCAGAGCCCCACUCUGCCCUCCUCUUCCAAAGCGCCGGGUGCCUCUGCAUCCACAACCAAGCACAGAGAAGGCGCUUCGGGGACUAAAAAGACUGCCAAAGCCACAGGCAAGACAGGCCCGUCCACUCAGGCUAAAGCUAACCCACGGAGCACUAACAGCACUAGUCGCGGCAUCGCAAAAACCUCCCAUCUAAAGAAAACAGCAAAAAACUCCUCCACCUCCACCCCUCGUUCCCGUGCAUCUAAGGACGCUUUAGCGCAGACAGAGGGCCCCGAUGCGAGGACGAACCGGAAAUCAAACCCUCCCGGCUCUUCCUCCGUCCCUCAAAAGGCCCCCGCAGAGACUCCUGCUCAGCCUGGGGAGUUAAAAUCCUCGCUCCUUUCCUCAAACACCAAGGCGGCCUCGUCCAAAGCCUCGGGCAAAGAGACGGUGGGACCUCCGGCCGCCUCGCGACCCGCUCCCAAUGCCUCGGCUGCGGGCGAGGAGACCGGCGGGGGCGCAGCUCCCGGACCCGCCGGCCAGUCCCCCCACGUCAACAAGGCCACAGAGGACACCUCCUUCACAGUGGGAGAGACGGGCGGAGAGAAACGGGGGAGAACGGGAGGGGAGGGGGGCGGAGAAGAGUCUGCAGCGGAGAACAGCCCGAGGUCCGCCGAGGCCCACGACGAAAGGCCGGCGCGGCUCAGCGUGAACACGGACCGGGCCCUGGUGACGGUGAUCCCCGACAGGCCGAGGGACAGCCAGACCAGCGACUCGGACUCGGACGGGCCGAUCCUCUACCGGGACGAGGAGGAAGACGAGGAGGACGACGAGUACACGACCAGCGCUCUCGCCGUGAAGAUCCAGCGACGAGACACCUUGAACAUCAAGCUGGGGAACCGUCCCAGCAAGAGGGAGCUGGAGGAGAAAAACAUUCUGCCGCGGAGCUCCGAGACGGAGAGACACGAGCGACGCCAGCUGAUCGGCUCCAAACUAGUCAGAAGCCUGAGCCAAAGACCCACCACAGAGGAGCUGGAGCAGAGAAACAUCCUCAAGCAAAAGAAUGAAGCAGAGGAGCAAGAAGCCAAGCAAGAGAUUAAAAGAAGACUCUCCAGGAAGCUGAGUGUGAGGCCUACGGUGGCAGAGCUCGUGGAGCGCCGGAUUCUCUGUUUCAACGAGUACGUGGAGGUAACGGACGCCAAAGACUACGACCGGCGGGCGGACAAACCCUGGACCCGACUCACUCCCUCCGACAAGGCUGCUAUCCGUGCGGAGCUGAAUAAGUUCAAGAGCCAAGAGAUGGAGGUUCACGAAGACAGCAAACAGUUCACCAGAUUCCACCGGCCCUAAGUGCUCCGGCAGCCAGCUGGACGUCGGCCCCCAAAAGUCUCCGGUCCACAGCUCCCAGCAGCCCCCCCACCUUCCCCGGCCCUCCAGACCCUCGGACCCUCAGCACACCGCUCAGUCCAUAUUGCUUUAUGAUCCUCUUGCAACUGAUGAUAUUCAUUUCUGUCAGCAGCAACAGUAACAGGUGUGUUGUGUAAGGCCGUGGCCGUCCGCGGACGCCAGUGAAACAUUUGCACAUAUCUCUAGUGAGAACAGUGGUAUGUACAGCGCUCUGAUUCGAUUUAUUUAUUGUAGAUGGCCAGAACAUGCUGGUAUGAGAUGUUUUUUGUUUAUUUGUUGUGGACCUCUCGGUGGAGUGGAGGUGGCUCGGCUGCACUCAAGAGUUUGUGUACUUGCCUCCUAGGACAGGGAGCGCCGGUGAUUGGACGGGUUGCCCCGCUGGUGUCACAGAUCACAGGGGAGCAGAAGCAGUUUGUUCUGCUCAGAUGUGCCUCUCCGAGUUCGGCCUGUAGACGUAUUUGAAGCACAUUGCCACUAGAGGGCAUUGGAGUUCUAGUCUGCGAGGACAAUGGCGCGAAUGUAGACGACGGAUAUUCUGCAAGUGUUGUAUUUAUAUCUGCUGGGGACCGGCGGGCACCUGAGGCUCUUAACAGUGAAGUGCAAUAUGAAUUGGAGGCCCUUUCGGAUGAAACACGAUGUCCAUGUGCCAUCGUAGGCUGUAUCUUACAAGGAGUUAUUAAGUGCGAACCUCCGUUCACAAAUGGCUGGACUUGUUGUUUCGUGGAUCCAAUUUCCAACCGUUGAUGUUGGACUCUCGGCUCAGGCUCUAUUAUGGUGCCAAAGAGAAGGCAGAUGUUUGAUUCCAUGUCGGUGUUGUUAUUUAAAGUGACUUCCUGUGGGGGCUUCGUGAACAGCGAACAGGAACUGAGCGUUUCCCACUCAGUGAGGCAAUCGGUCUUCUUGAAGAGGCCCAGAAGUACUUUGUUUUCUUCCUUCAACGUGCUCUUGCAAUUGAAUCUGUCAGCCCACGAUAGAUACGCAAGGAGAGACCUGCUGACAAGUGAUCCUUCUACAUUUUGCCCCAAACGCGCACUUUGAAUCCAGUGGUAAAGGUUAGACCUUUUUCGACACGCAGUUUGUUUCAUGAAAGGCAUGCAAAGCAAAACUAAUAUAUCCCUGUGUGUUAUAGUAAUCGAUCAGACACAUGGGAGGUAUGAAGCAGCACAAUGUAUUUCUUGGAAAUAUGUUUGGACUCCAGAUUUAUGAUUUGUCCGUAACGUGGAGGUGGUUUGGUUUUAGGUCGGAAGAUCUGCAGAGGGCCAAACCUGACAUUAUAACUAUAGAAUAGAACGGAUAAGAAGCUGGGGCAGAAAUAACACAAAACUCUGCCGAGACUUUCAUAUAAGAAUUACACAUGGCGAUGUUUUUCUUGCUAGAGACGAUGGCUGAAAGGUGGUUGAAAUAUUGAGCUUGCUGACGUCCAGAGGCGUGUGUUCCCGUAACAGACCUGCAGCCUCGACCAGAACUGAAAAAGAUAAAUGUGUUCUUUCUGCUCCUGAAUGUGAAUCAGCUUGUAACACUCAAUUAUGUAUGGUGAUGGAAAAGAACCAACGCUGAUCAUCCACGUCAACGUCCAUGUUGCUAUGUUGAUUAUUUUGUACACAUACAUGUAUAUCGAGCAUGUGCAUACAUUCAAAUCAAUUUGACUGCCAAUGUGACCCGACGCAACGUUAAUGUGAAUGUUUUGAAAGAAAUGGAGCGUGCAGAAGAUACUGUUGCUGUGCGGUUUCUAGGCAGCACGUUGCCAGCAGUAUGUUAAAUUACUCCCAAACCUACCUGGUACUCAAACACACCAUGGACAAGGCAGUAUACAGGAAGGUAGUAAUAUAUCUUAUUCUAUUCUCUUCCACCUUCGCUUCGACUGUUGUUACGCGGCAGGUUUUUCACGGAGAGAAACGAUGUUCAAAAGCAGUUUUAAAUCCUCUCUGGACUUCCCCUUUGCUUCAUUUCUCCAGAGCGCCGUAGGUCAACUUGCACAAACUAUAAAAAAUACAAACAAACAGGAAGUGACCUCACAUCAAAUUGGCUUCAGGCCCGGUGUAUAAUGCAGAUGCAUAAGUGAGUCAACAUGAUUCUGAUUGGUUUCACAUACAAUGAGCUUUCAUGGAGGGGAACAUAAUGCAUCAAAGACUGUAAUAAACCAUUUAGAUACACUAAGUGUAUAAAGCGUUGGUAGAACAGCUCCCGAUGUGGCCGAGGGAACAUAAAUAAGCUGUUUGCGUCCCUGCAGAAAGGUUCAUCCCUAAAGCAUUACUGGUAACCACCCAGCCUAUUUAGCGUUUACACGUCGUAUAUAGUUGAUGGGUAAAUGGUUGUGUAGGUGUAAGCAGAUAUAAAGACAUUUAAUGCUACCACCAAUAUUUUCUAUAACAAAGGUCCCGAUGCGAAGGAGGUAGUGAUCAUUAACAAGUGAAUCUGCAGCUCCUCUGGGCUUUAUGGGGCUUCUGCAAUGAGUUUAUUCACCUUUACCGCCGUGGGAAGCGACCGGCUGGGGAACGCAGUGGGGGACGUCCGGUAGAGACCAAAAACAGCUAAAAGAGAGAGAAAAUUAGAUACGUUACUCUGUCGACAUCGAUGUCGGCCUCAACUGAAGAGCUGCUAAUCUGCAAAACAAUAUUAUAACGUAUUCCUCGUUUUAUAUAAUGAUAUUUAACACAUUUAUACCUGGUUUUAAACCUGUGUGAAUGAUUUUAAAUGUUAGUGAAUAGCCCAUAGUUACAGUCAUUAAACGUCAAUCAUUCAUUAGCUGUUUAUACAACAAUUAUGGAGGAUUAAAUAUAGUUAUAAUCCUCGACAAAGAGCAUAAACAUUUAAAAAGGUCUUUAUAUUUGCUUGGAACUACAUUAUAAGUAGUGUGUUAAUAUACUACUUGUGAAUCGACUUUCUGAUACUGAAACUACUUCACAGGGGACUCCUGGUCAGGCCAUUUGAUGCAUAAAUCCAUAUUCUAGUCCAGACUGUUAAAUUAUAACCGGUCAGUAUUAUUCACAAGGAGCAGGUCCUGUAAAAACGUACAGCUGCAGUCUCUUUCAUCUCAUCUGGCGUGGAACUGUGAAAUAAUCCCAAUAAAACCAAAGAAAAGUUCACAUAACUUUUUCUUCUUUGCAUCGGUAAAGUAUUAAACAUACAAUUCCUGACAUUCUAUUUAUUUAUUCUGGAAGAAUCAGUUUGACGCUUGUUUUUCUCAGGCUGCUGCUUUCAAUCUGCCGCACCGGAGGCUUUCAACACGGAGAUGGAAAUGUUUACAUUUGAGGGCGUCUGCUGUUGUUGAUGUGGUCGUGUCUUCGUUUAACCCCCCCCCCCCCCCCCCCUCCAAAGAAAAUCAACGAUCCAUAAUCAGACCGCUCCUAAAAGCCUCCAUUCUACAACAUGUGAUCACGCUCACAGUAAGAUUAUGGUGUCAGUCACAAUAUAACCCCCCCCAGCUCUAAAUGCAUUGGAAGUCUUUGCUUUCUGUUGUGAUUGAUCUUUGAAGUCGUUGGAUGACGUCAUGUAUCCCCAAAACACCUACUGUUACGUUCAAACUGUGUAUAUUGUUUUGUAUAUAAAGAAUCAUCGGAAAACA